GUGGGGGAUUUGAGAAGGCUUAUAAUUCACCAGAAACCCAGGCAGGUUGCUUUCUCAGUACAUAGGACAUUAAAUUAUAUUAUAAAAUAGUUCAAAUGUAUGGGGAGAAAAUCUCUGAAAGGAUAAAGAAAGAACACUGACCACAGAGCAGAAUACCUUUUGCUCCUCUGUGUAUUGUGGAUCCAUCAAAAACUCAAAGCCAAUGCCAGCUGUCAAAGAUCCUGAGUCAUAUACACCACCAGAUGGGGGCUGGGGUUGGGCAGUGGUGGCUGGUUCCUUCAUCUCUAUCGGUUUCGCCUUUGCCUUCCCAAAGUGCAUCACUGUGUUCUUCAGAGAUAUUGAACUGAUCUUCAAUGCAAGCACAAGCAAAGUCUCAUGGAUCUCAUCCAUCAAUGCAUCCUUCAUAUAUGCAGGAGGUCCAAUUAGCAGUAUCCUGGUGAAUAAGUAUGGCAGUCGUCCAAUAAUAAUACUAGGGGGUUUGCUCUCGGGAACUGGACUCAUUGCUGCGUCUUUCUGCAACACAGUGGAGGCUUUGUAUCUCUUUGUAGGUGUUAUAGGAGGUCUGGGACUUGCGUUCAAUCUCAAUCCAGCCCUUAUAAUGAUUAGCAAAUAUUUUUACAAAAGAAGGCCAUUUGCUAAUGGCAUUGCCAUGGCUGGUACUCCAGUACUUCUGUCAACUUUAGCUCCUCUGAACAGUUGGUUAUAUGACCAGUUUGGCUGGAGAGGUAGCUUCUUAAUCCUGGGUGGGCUUCUGCUCAACUGUUGCAUAGCUGGAUCUCUCAUGAGGCCUAUUGGGCCAAAAUCCAAACCUGCUGUGAAGGAGGCUAGUGCUGAUGGAGAGAAGAAGACAGUAAUGCAGAUUAUCAACAGUUACAUUGAUCUGUCUCUCUUCAAACACCGUGGAUUCAUCCUCUACCUCAUAGGCAAUACUGUGCUGUUCUGUGGUAUUUUCACUCCCCUGGUAUUCCUCAGUAAUUAUGCCAAGACUAGGAAUAUUUCAAAUGAGAAGGCUGCAUCACUGCUUUCAGUGCUGGCCAUUGUGGACAUGGUGGUGCGGCCAUCCAUGGGAACGGUGGCCAACACCAAAUGGGUGCGACCCAGGAUACAGUAUUUCUUUGCAGCUUCCAUUCUCUUUAAUGGUGUAUGUCACUUGCUUGCCCCAUUUGCACUGGAUUAUAUAGGGUUUGUGAUCUAUUCAGCUUUCUUUGGGUUUGGGUUUGGGUGGCUGAGCUCUGUGCUGUUUGAGACCCUGAUGGAUUUAGUGGGAGCCCAGCGCUUCUCCAGUGCUGUGGGCAUAGUAACCAUCUUUGAGAGUGUGCCAGUGUUACUUGCCCCACCCAUAUUAGGAAAAUUUAAUGACAUCUACCAUGACUACAAAUACACUUACAUAUGCUGUGGAAUACUCCUGUUGAUCGCAAGCACAUUCCUCUUCAUUGGCAUGGGCAUUAACUACAGGCUGCUGGAUAAGGAAGCAAAGGAGGAAGCUAGAAUAUCACAGCUAAAAGGAAAAGAGGAAGAAUCCACCAUAGACAUUGCAAACAAAGCAAGCACCUAAUGACACUGAAACUGUAGAAGAUUCUGUAUAUCUAAAGCAGGUCUAGGUAUAGAUCUAUAGGUAUGUCUAGCACAAACUUAAUUCAAAUGAAUUUACUGAAAGUGUAUGCAAUUUGUAAUUUAAAAUAAACUAAUUUACUUACUGAUUAUAUAUUUAACAUUAUAAAUGUGGCAUGAAAAAUCAGUGAGAUAUUUUCUGAAAACAAAAAAAGAGGUAGAAAAAAUCAAAAAUCAAAAAAAAAGCAGGGGGCAAGCUUUCCAGCUUGCACCACCCCCUUUCUCUUCCAUGUAAUAACUGCUGUUUCAAACAGGAAGAAAUUCUUUCAAUCAGGAAAAGGUCUGAGGGGCAAAACAAUUGAUUUUUCCACUAAAGUAUGAAAAUGACCUGUUAAUUUCCCACUAAAUGUUCUUCAUAUUUCCUUAAUUUUCAUCAAUUUCAUAAAGGUUUUAAUUUAGUAUAAUGUAAGACAUGCAUGCAUUCAGAUGUGGUAAAAUGAUUUAAAUGUGUAUCCUGAAUCAGUUUGGAUUAUUAAAUGGGAUGUUUUGUUUUUUCAGUUUUAUUAAAGACUUUAUCAUUAAUUAUUUGGAAUGUUGCAUCAUGAUGUUGCAUGGCUAUUACAAUGAUGACUGAUUAAACAACACAAAUGCUUGCAAAUGUGAAAAUUGUUGCAUCUGUCAUGAUCUCUGAAUGGAAAAUAGAAAAAUGUAUCUCUAUUUUAAAGUCUACAAAAAAUAGAACUCCAGAAGUUUCGAAUAAGAUAUGGUAUUCUGCAACAAGAGACAAUCCAAAAUAAAGGUGCCUUAGACAUAAGUAAGGCUUCAAAAUCUUUUCCUUCUUCAUCUGCAAGAUAUGCAAAUGUUUAAACUCAUCUACUGUAUAUAAGCUACUCAUCUCAGCAGCAUUUUCAGCUGCUAUACCACUUACUUGUACACUUUAUGCCAUGCAUUAGAGGACAAAAUAUUCUCUCAAACACCAAUUGCUUGGCAUAUCUACAAGCAAUCAUAUUAAACAUCUUAAAAUGAAACUCAAAUGUCAGCAUAAAGCUCAGCACAAUGAAUUUAUUGCUAGCAACACAGAAUAGCAACCAGACACUAGUUAGGUCUAAAUACAAACCUAGAUCAGUGAAAAUAACAGCUUUUUCCCAUUAUAUUGUUUUUAACGAUCCGCUACUGUUGGAGAAUGAGGACUAUAUUAAAAAAUGAAGUAUUCGUUACUAACAGGUGUACAGAAGUCAUUUUCUAAAGUGGAAUCCUCUCUUUUUCAUUUCAUUUCAUUUCAUUUCUUUUUCAUUUCAAACCUACUUGAGCUGAGCUUACUAAUGUGUGUCUUCAUGUAUUUGCACACUGCCUAUACCAGGGAAACAUAAACGUAGCUACCAUCUCUCAAGGUACAAGGUAGGGAUAAAUCUAGACUCGUCUCUGUACUGGCACCGAGGUGGUGGAAUGAACUUCCCCUAGAUGUCCGAACAGUUCAGUCACUGGCCGUCAACGGAUGAAGACCUACCUCUUCCUGAAACACUUAAAACUAGCUCUUAUUUACCAUGUUUGUUUUAUGUAUUGUUGUAUUUUGUAUGUUGUUAAAAAAAAAAAAACUUCCUCCCAACACAGAUAGCAUGGUUGUUUGUUAUUUCAGAGAUGAUUGCUUUCCUGGGAUUUUCAAAGUUGUCUGAGUGUAAAAUCUUGCAUUUUAAAAAACGUCAGUAAAAAUGGUAAAAAUUGGAGUGUAAACUGCAAAACUGUAACCACUUUUACAGCUGUGGUGAACAGAAAAGCAUCCCAGAACAUGUUGAGCCUUGAAGCAGAUGGGCUACAACAGCAGAAGAUCACAUCAAGUUACUGUCCUGUUAACCAAGAACAGGAAUCCGAGGCUACAGUGGGAACAGGCUCACCAAAACUUUAUGGUAGAAAAUGGUGUAAUUUUACAGUGGUGUGAUUUUACAACGAUCGUAAACCAGCCGACUAUCAUUCAUGUGGAAUUAGACAGUAAAUUACUAUUCAGCGAGAAUAUUCUCAGUCAGUCCUGAAUCCUUCUCAUUUUUCUC